UACACUAUCUCACCCCUACUACUGAUGUUUGCGAAAAUGGACUCUCUUUUUGGGGUCCUGUGUCUACUGUUGACUCUUACAGCAAAAGGAUACUGUAUCUCCUGCCAACUAUGUGUGACCUCAAUGGCCCAGAGCUGCACGGGCGUCAGUGUCAUCUGUCCCACCGAUUAUGUUUGUGCGGCGAGAUACACCAACACGAUAAUAGGUGGAUCGAGCACACCGGUAUUUUCUAGAUCUUGUUCCCCGCCUACCAAUUGUAAUGCAGCCGGAAGCAUGACCAUCCCAGGGGGCACCGUCCAGACAAAUGCCACAUGUUGUUCCACUGACAAUUGCGUCCCACCAACCCCUACAUUAACAGCCGCACCCACCAGUAAUUCCACCAACUCCACCUCUGCAGUCAAUGGAGUGACAUGCCGGAGUUGUGCGACCGUGAACUCCGAUUGGUGUUAUACGUCCGACACUAUUCGUUGCACCGGAAAUGAGUUGUCGUGUGUAAUGCACUCAACAAAAAUAACAGGUCCCCAAGCUGUUACGAUGGCGGUUCGGGGUUGCGCCACUCGGUCUCUCUGCACCCUUAGCACUCAGUCCUUCAGCACUAGUGAACUCUCUUCAGUGAACACGUUUGUUUGCACCGAUGGCGGUGUAGUUCUAAAGAGUGGCCUCUUAACCUCAAUGAUGGUGUUCUUUUUCUGCAUGUAUAUUUUGUAA